CCUGCUGGAUUUUUUAAAAUUUAUUUUUAAUUUAAUUUUUUUGAGGUAGUGUCUCACUAUAUAUCUAUCCAUGGAUAUCUUGAAACUUGCUUUGUAGACCAGGAUGGCCUUGAACUCAUGGAGAUACCCUUGCCCCUGAGUGAUAAAAUUAAAAGUGUAAGCUAUCAAUGCCCAUAUGGUUUUUAAUCUAUCCAUUUUCUGUGUUUAUCUUUUAUGGCUUUUUUCCUUUAGUUGAGCUCUGAACAGGCAUUUACCAGUGUAUGUGUCCACGUGUGUAUUUAGACAGAGAGAGGGGAGAGAGAAAUUGUCACAGUCUCCUGAUAAAAGCACACUAUUAUUUCAGGUUAAUUGUAGAAACUUUCCUGUGGCUCUGGGGAUUGAACCUGGGUCCUCGGUUGGAGCAGUCAGUGCUCUAAGCACAAGACAUCUCUCCGGCCUCCAGACUAGUUUUUAGUGCGAGGCUUUCCUGGCUUUCGAGGCUGAUUCUAAUUAAGUAAAGGAAGCAGGUUUUGCUGUAGUGGUGAUGGGAUUGUGUUACCUGUGCUUCCUCCUCAUUGGCUGCUCGGAGUUGCUGGUUCUUCCGAUACCAGGUCUGAGAUGAGGGUCCCAUGACCCUGCCUUGGCUUUCUUGCCUCCUUUUUAAAACCUCUUUAUGACUGUUCUACAGCGGAGGCCCGGGGUUUCAUUUCCACUUAGUAGGGCCUGGGAAAACCCUACUCGGUACUUCCCGAGCAGUCCAGCCACGUCUCCCCUUGAUCUCCUCUUUUCUAUUCUGCGUUUGGGAGGCAGGGUCUCACUUUGCAGCCCACGCAGGGUUUGAACUUAGGCUCCUCCUCCUUCAGCCACCGGAGUGCAAGGACAACUCCCGGCAUGCCCUCUUAUUCAGGUAUAGAGUGUCUCGUGAUAGCUCAUGGCCCCAAGUUCACAAACGUGAAUGCUGCAGAGGUCAGCCCUCCCUGUAUUACAGGACUCUUUCCGUCUUUUGAAGUGUUUGCAGCCAGGGGCUUUGUGCUUACAAGGAGACCAAUGUUCUACCACUGAACUACGCCUUCCCACCCCAAGUUAGGACUUUGCCAAAAUGUUUUUAGAAGUCAGUCUUGCAAAUGCAAAAGUAGUAGGCAGUACUGUUGACCUCCUGCACUCAGUGUUGACCUCCAUGCUCACUCAAGCUCUUCCCUGGAUCAACAUCGACCUUGUAAGGCUACAAAGCCCACAGUGCCCCCUGGUGGUUGCAGGAAAUUUGAGGUGUCCUCAUGACUUCUCUGGCGGACCAUGCCUAUGAUCGUUUUUGCCAGCAUAGUACGGGUGAGGGAUGGGCUGCCCCUCUCGGCCUCCACUGACUUCUACUACGCCCAGGAGUUUCUGGAAUGCAGGAGGCAGCUCAAGGCCUUAGCCCAGAGGCUGGCUCAGCAUCCAGGCCGAGGUUCUGCAGAAAGCCGUGACUUCCAUAUCUAUUUCUCAUCAUCGGGGAACGUGGCCUGCAUGGCCAUCUGCUCACGCCAGUGCCCAGCAGCCAUGGCCUUCUGCUUCCUGGAGACUCUGUGGUGGGACUUCAUAGCUUCCUAUGACGCCACAUGCAUCGGCCUGGCCUCCCGGCCCUACGCUUUUCUUGAGUUUGACAGUGUCAUUCAGAAAACAAAGUGGCAUUUUAACCACAUGAGCUCCUCCCAGAUGAAGAGUGGCUUCGAGAAGAUUCAGGAGGAGCUUGAGCUCCAGCCUCCAGCAGUUCUGUCCCUGGAGGGCACAGAUGUGGCCAAUGGCGUGCUGAACGGCCACACCCCGGUGCACGCUGAGUCUGCCCUGAAUCUCCGGAUGGAGCCGGUGACAGCGCUGGGUGUCCUCUCCCUCGUGCUCAACAUCAUGUGCGCUGCCCUGAACCUCAUCCGUGGAGUCCACCUUGCAGAGCACUCCUUACAGAUCGCCCAGGAGGAAGUUGGAAACAUCCUGGCCUUCUUCAUCCCUUCUGUGGCCUGCAUCGUCCAGUGUUACCUGUACCUGUUCUAUAGUUCAGCCAGGACUCUGAAGGUGGUGCUGAUGCUGGCCUUCAUCUGUCUGGGCAACGUGUACCUGCACGGGCUGAGGAACACCUGGCAAAUCCUUUUCCACAUAGGAGUGGCUCUCCUGUCUUCGUAUCAGACCCUAACCAGACAGCUGCAGGAGAGGCAGUCUGACUGCGGAGUGUGAGGACAGCAUCAUGCAGUGAAUGGAGCCUUUGACUUCCCCUCUCCGGCCCUGGAAGGCCAGUCUGUUUCUGCUCCUGCUUCUUAACUCCACCUCAGAUCUCCAUCCAUGAAGCUCCCGAGAUCACAGAUUCUGGCAGGUGUCAUGGAGGACACAGGGUGGCUGGUUGCAUCUCGGUCUGUGUGGAGCGUUUGUGGAUAACAGCCAGCCAAGCACAGGACAGGCAGCUGAAGCCAGAGUUUGCUGGGAGAGCAUCUCUGGUGAUCAGAGUGACCAUGUGUUGGUCUCCUACCUAGAGCGAUGCUGCACACCACUAGGUUCCAUGAUGGUAGCUUUGUCAUUGGCCUGCCAGGAAAUGGUCUGCAAGGAGACUCUUUAAAGUUAAACCAGUUUGCAGUCCCAGUGUAACCUCGGUCAGUUUUCCCUAGAGUGUCAGUUCAGGGUAAAUUAAAAGCUUGAAAAUAUGGCUCAUAAAGGUAAGCUAGGUAAAUUUUGUUUACAUUUUUGAUAACUUGGGUUCGAUAUACUUUUGGAAUAUUUAAAUAUAUUUUGGAUAUAAAUUGAAGCUCAUUUAGAAUGAAGGCAAACUUAGGCUGGGGAAAUGCUAAGUAAAUCUGAGUUUAUUUAAUUUACAGAGACGGUUUAUGGUGGCGGGACUGUGUGGAUACGGAUGUUGUCUGUAUCUCUUCACAGGGUCUAUCUGAAGAUCGUUAAACUAAUAACCAAUAUUACUGGGUCAUGAGCACAUGGACGAGAGCAGAUGUGAGCGUCCCAGGGUUUUUUUCAUGGGGCAGAGUGGAGUGGAAAUGCUGGGGUUCAGUGUGCUUGGCAGAAUUGGGGAGAGAGGCUUCUGUCAUCAGCCUUUGGGUGGCAGCCCAGUGCCCGUCAAGGUAACAUUGCUGGAGGCGUGGUCUUGCGUGCCUCCUGGAGGCGUGGUCUUGCGUGCCUCCUGGAGAGGCCGAGCCUGAGCAUCUCGGUUAGACCGAGGGCCUCGUUGUUUUAUGGGCAGACGUUGAGUGGGUGUUAGCUUCGUGUGACUGACGCCCGUGGUGCAAAGCUGAUAAGGUGUGCUUCUGAAUAAGAGCCCCCUGCAUCUCCAGUGUGGGUAUCUGAUGGCACUCAAACUCAAGAAACCAUGUUGGGUUUCACCCCUCUGGCUCGUCUUGGAGUAGUGCCCCCACAACUGUGUGGGUUGAACCAUAGGGCUUCGUAAGUGAUCAAUCCCAUUAUGAUCGUUUCUAAAGGAGAAAGCCAUCCCCAAAGUUCCUGAGUAGCGGGGAAGACAAGUGUGUGGGAUAAACAGUUCUCUUGCUCAGCUGUCACUGGUACCGCAUGUUGGCAAGCCACCGGGGUCUUGAGCGUCUGUGACCCAGAACUGAGUUGGGAAAGCAUUGCUGUCUGAUUUUGUUUCCUUAGAGGAGAAUUUUCUAUUUUUAAUCAAAUCUACAAUGUCUGGGUAUGAAUGUCAUAUUGGCAACAUCCUUGGACGUGAACGUGAACCUUGUGUCUUUGUUGAUCUCACACUGUGUAAUUCUGUAUAUACUGCGCAGGCAAAUGCCAUUCUUCCCGAGAGAGAAUUUUAAAGUGGCCAUAGAAAAGCCAGAGGGAAGAGAAAAUUCUUUUCCUUCAAAGCAUACACUCAAAACAUUUUUUAAGUAAGUUUAAAAAAAUCAGCCUAAAAAUACACUGUUUUCCUUGUAAGCCUCUGUGGUAUUGUGUUGCCCCUGUCUGGAGACCCCACACACUCUAGGGGUCAAGCCUGUGGUCGUCAGUCUACGAGCCAUGACUUUUGGUGAGUGGUCCCUGAGGGUGAGCCCUUGCUAGAGACACUUCAUACCCCAUAGAUGCUAGCGAGGGUGUUGUCCACAGUUGGUUGACAUGGCUUAUGAGUAAUCAUCUAGACAGGGUUCCAGACUGUCAUAAAUGGAAGGAAAAGAUGCUACAAGGGAAACAGAAAACAGAGAAACAUUUAACUAGAAUCCAGCCAAGCAGGCUCACCUCUCUGGAAGAGGGUGCUGACGGGAAAUAAGUUCCCAGGAAACCCCAGGUUUGGGGUAACUUGGUUCAGGCCUGGAUGUUGGUAUCCCUUGUGGGAUCUUUGAUGCCCGGAACCUGAUUCCAAGGCAGGAGUGCUCCUCUGUCUGCCACGCACUUGCUGCUCCUGUGCAUCUUUGGAUGAAUAGCUAGGUGCUGUUGCCUAGCUGGCUCACAUAACAUGGUGUUGAGAUGGCCUCCAGGUGCUUUCCUGUCCAGACGCUCACAGACUGCGGACGGACUUCUGCAAAUGCUGUGUUGUCUGCGGGUACUGGGUGGGGCCUGGCACUCGGGCAGAAAGCAUAUGAUUCAGGUGACUUGCUCAGUGAGCCUUCUUUUGAUGGGAACUGUACCUGACUUCCCUUUUUCUGGGUAGGAAGAGCUGGACCAUCUCAGUCCCGGACACCUCAUUGACCCCAUGGCUGUGGUUCUUGCUGACCGUGAGCCCUGUUGACAUGCAUUGUGGGCUUUUUCCUUGAGCCCCUUUCUUCCCUAGCCACCAUGUGUCCCCUUUCCCCUGCCUGUUUUCACUCUGCCUCCUACAUUUCUGACUCCAGAGAGAGAUGCAGGUUAGAGUCCGGAGAGACAGGAACCAUGAUGGAGAGGGAACCGACUUUGAAGCCUGACCCUCUGCCCCACCUCAGCUCAGCACCCGGGAGAACGAGCACCUUGAUUGUCUUCUCCUGUUAUCUCCGCUGGGGGCUAGAGCAGUAGCCGGCAGACCCAGUGAGGUGACUGGAGCCUAGGAAAUGGCAUCAGGGCGGAACUUGUGUUCACACCUGUACUGAGUUGCUCCUUGAAGGAACUGCCUGCCCACUGUGACACCAACACAGCCACCAUCCAGUCUCUUCUAUAUACUUGACAAUGAGUAACAUAUGAAAGAGGCUGAACAUGUCCAGGAGUACGCACAUGAGAGAAGCAGGGCUUGUCCAGGCAUGUGCACAUGAGAGAGGCAGGGCAUGUCGAGGCAUGUGCACAUGAGAGAGGCAGGACAUGUCCAGGUGUGUACACGUGAGAGACACGGCAUGGUCAGGAGUGCACACUGCUGUUAGCCGUAUCCAGCAAACCCUUGCUGAGCUACUGCUCAUGCCUAGAUGUCCUUCUCGGGUCUGGGGUCAUGGUCAUCCUACCUGUGUGCUGUGAGAGCCAAGAAUGGCUGUGGGAGAGAAACCGGGUGUGCCCUUGAGAGACGAGGUAGGGUCAGCCAACCCAGUGACCUGGAGGUCAGCUUUGCUCUUUGACUCAGUCUGUGUCACAGUGGAAGUCCCUGCCUGCCAUCCUCAGCGUCUUCCCCGCAAGAGGACAGGAACACCAGCUUGCAGUCCCUGUACGCUCCUGUGAGGAUUGCAGGUGGCCACAGGGGACUGUCGUACACAAGGUCGCUGGGAGUGUGCAGCAGGCCGCAGACCUCACCUGUGCUCUAGCAUUCACAAGGUGGCAUUUGAUCCUGCUACCAUCUAACUGGCUCCUCUCUUCCCCUGGACCUGCCUCUUGGUCCGGGGCAUGGUCAGCCACUAUUGCCAGACCUGCUCUAGGAUCCCAGGAAUCUAGUAGUAGAUUGGGUCAAACUUCAAUAUCCAUCCCCAGUCUCAACAAGGAGAGCCCCCAUCCUCUCAUGUUGCUGGGGAGACAUCAGCAGGACAGCUGUGGAGGGGCAGGUAAUAGUGGGCUAGGGAGAUGCCCACCAUGGGACAAGGUGGGCAGGGCUGUGGCCCACAAUUGCCUUAAAUACACCCCAUUCUCUUUCCCUUUGACCCAUGUCUGCUGCAGUAUGUGUGACCUUUAACCCUUAUAUUGAUAGGAUUCUUAGAUUGCUUCAGAAAUGUUACCCAAUGAAAACUUUGUACGACUCAGCCCCUAGGAUUUGGUUUGGCUUAGUGGGUUUUUCUAAGAACAUAAAAGAAUUUGCUAAUGUAGGCCAGACCAUUUAUUCUGCACACUCACCCCCAGGGUCUGCUGCCCAUAUUGUUAGCUACUUCUCAGUUGAUAACAAAGAUCUAUUUUGAGUACCCGAUGGGCACAUUUUAACUUUCACAUACUCGUCAACUGAAACACGUGAUGACAUACUGAUCUUGUACAUCUGUUUGUAUACUGUGUAAAGUGACAUGAAGUGGCUUCAGAAGUGUGUGGAGAAUAAACUGAAGUGUUUACUAA